GAGUACCAAACACAAAGCAAUACGCAAUAUUAGAAUCGCCAAGAUUUAGAAGCAGUCACAGAGGAGACGAUCAGUUGAAAAUUGGAAUCAAUCAAAGGAUGAUAAAGGGAGUAAUCGUAAUGAAUGAUAAGGGCAAGCCUCGUCUUGUCAAAUUCUACGAUUAUCAUCCUGCAGAGAAACAACAAGAGCUUAUUCGAAGAAUUUUCGGAGUUUUAAGCAGUAGAGCAGAGAAUGUAAGCAACUUCGUCAAGGUUGAUUCCCUCUUUGGAUCAGAUACUCGGCUUGUAUACAAGACUUAUGCCACACUACAUAUUGUAUUCAUAUUUGACAGCUCCGAAAAUGAGCUUGCAAUGCUUGAUCUCAUGCAAGUUUUUGUCGAGGCAAUGGACAAAUGUUUCAGCAAUGUACGUGAACUUGAUAUAGUAUUCAAUUUUAACAAGGUGCAUGCUGUAUUAGAUGAGAUUAUUUUGGGAGGUCAAGUUCUUGAGACAAACUCUUCAGAAGUGGUGAAGGCAGUUGAAGAAAUCUCUAAGAUGGAAAGGGCUGCAAAUUCAAUCAUGGGAGUUUCAUCAAUAACUGGCUGGCAAGGUCGAUAGCACACGUUUGACUGUGGUACGUACUGUAGGAAAAUUCAUAUAAUCAGUCAGCCAGUAGUGGCUGAACAUGAGCUGGGCAGUAUUUGUCAACCAAGUUGUUGAACUAUUACUUUUUGGUCCUUGAAACACGAGAGUUUUCAGAGAGUUACAGUGGUUUCAAGUUGAACUGUUCAUCGUUUCUCGAUGGAGUUGAGUUGUGAGUUGUGACGUUUGAAGUUCUAUCCCAUUUGGAGGAAAAAGGAAAAAUGGUAGUAACUUGAAGUGAAUAUAAGAAAGUGUUUUGGUGCCUAUAAGGAUAUUUCUUUUAACUAGUUGUAUCUGUUACAUUGUGGCAUGCAUCACCAAAUUGACAUGUACAUGAAAAUGAGACUCCCCGGGGCAUGUGCACUAUGUCAAAUCAUUAUGGACAGAUGAUUUUUUGUUGAUUAAUAAGUUUGAAGUGCCUCUUUGAUUUC